AAAAAAAACCCUCUCAGUCUCCUCUCCCUCUCUCUCUCUCUCUCUCUCUCUCUCCUCGAAUCCGAGCUCGCAAUCCGAGGUUCAUCGGAUUCUCCACCUCCUCCUCCUCCCUUUUUCUCUCUCUCUCUCACCAUUCCCGAUCAAAGCUUUUUAUCGCAGCGCCCCUUCAAAUUUUUUUUUUUCAUUUUUGCGACCAUUUUUUCUGUGUAGUACGAUCUCGAACUAUAAUCUACUUUCUCGACGAAGGUGCAUUUGGAGAAGUUAUUAGAGGUGUUAGAAUCAACAUUGAGAUGGUAUACACGGGGAUGGUAAAGGUAGAAGAUUGCGAAGAAAGCAGUGAAGCUGCUGCUGCUGCCGUCGCUGUCGCCGUCGCCGUCGCCCCUGCUGAUAUUAUGGAUCAAAAACCUCUGCCUGCUCUCGGUUCAGCUUUGCAGCCUAUUACUAGACCAGUAGCUUUGCGGCCUAUUUCUGGACCAGUCGUUGUAAAAGAGGAGAGUUUCGCGAGCUCAUCUUCAGGUCAUCUAAGGUCUUAUUUUAUCAGUAUGGGGUUUUUGCCAACUCUUGUUGACAAAGUGAUCAAGGAAAAUGGUCAAAAUGAUGCUGAACUCAUAUUGGAUGCUCUCAUGACGCAUUCUGCUCUUCAGAAGUCAAGUCCCCGGUCAUCAAGUUCUCUCGGAGGCUUUUCUAGUCCUGACAUAGAGGAAGAUGGUAUACAUGUUGAUUCUCUUCCGAAUUGUAAGGAGGAACCUGAGGAGCACUUUGAUACUGCUCGAGAUAAGAAGUCCUAUUUAUUAGAGAUGAACUUUUCACAGAAAGAAAUUGAUUUCGCAAUACAUCAACUAGGUGAAAAUGCUUCAUUGGCACAACUUGCAGACUACAUAGUUACUAUUCAAGCAGGAGGUUUUGCAGAGGAGAAGGAAAUAAUAGGAAAAGACGAGGGCAAUUCCGAUGAAAAGCUGUUUGGAAUGAUGGACAAGACACUAUGUUUACUUCAAAUGGGCUUCACCGAAGAGGAAGUGUCAUCAGCUAUUGAUAAUUUUGGUCCUGAAGUUUCAGUUUUGGAGCUUGCUGAUUCUAUCUUUGCAAGUCGAAUGGCUCAUAAUAAAGAACAGGAUGUAGGGUAUGGAACAAGUAGCAUCAAAAGAGAAUGUGAUUAUAUGGAUAAUGGAACUACGGAUUAUCCAGGGCACUAUACAUCAAGUUGGGAUGCCAAUUUUGAUGAUUAUGAAGACAAGGCAAGAAUAAAGAAAGCUAAACACGUCAUGGUUGAUGACAAAACAGCUUCCUCCAGUAUUAAUAGGCCACAAUCAAACUGGGACAAGCCAAACCCAUAUGGCAUCAAAGAGGAAACACCCGGAUUUAUCUCCACAUACCCCCGGCGACAUGCUCAGGGACUCGCGCCCAAUGUACCCUACUUCUUCUAUGGAAACGCCGUCGAUAUCUCAAAGGACACAUGGCGAAAGCUCUCACAGUUUCUGUAUGGCACUGAGCCAGAGUUCGUAAAUACUCAGUUCUUCUCAGCUUUGAUUAGAAAAGAAGGGUAUAUUCACAACCUUCCCACAGAGAGAAGAUGCCAUAUACUCCCAAAGCCACCUAUGACCAUUGAAGAUGCAAUUCCACAUACGAAAAAGUGGUGGCCUUCGUGGGACACCAGGAAACAGCUGAGCUGUAUUAAUUCUGAGACUGAUGGGGUAGGUCUGAUUUGUGAACAGCUUGGGAAGAUGGUGAUGGACUCGCAUGGAAUGCUUUCGAGGGAACAACAAGCAAAUGUUCUUCACCAAUGCAAGACUCUUAACCUAAUUUGGGUGGGCGAAGACAAGUUAAGCCCUAUCGAGCCACAUCAACUCGAACGCAUCUUGGGUUACCCGCUGAACCACACUCGGCUUUGGGGUUUGGAAGCAGUUGAUAGGCUUAAAGCACUCAAAUACUGCUUUCAAAUAGAUACAGUAGGCUAUCUUUUGUCAGUAUUAAAGGGCAUCUUUCCUGACGGAAUCAGGGUUUUGUCGGUCUAUAGCGGAAUCGGGGGUAUAGAAAUCGCCCUUCAUAAGCUCGGAAUUUUUGUCAAGUGCUUGGUUUCUGUCGAAUCAUCCGAAGUCAACCGGAAAAUCUUGAGGCGGUGGUGGAAUAACACGGAACAACCUGGUGAGUUGAGGCAGGUAGCAGGUAUCGGGAAGUUGACUAUUCAGAGGCUCGAGGAUUUUAUCAGAGAAUUCGGCGGUUUCGACAUUGUUGUGGGAGGGAAUCCAGGAACUAGUGUUUCGCAAUCGCCUAGCGGGCAUUCCACUUUAAAUACCGCAAUGGGAAUGGACUCGAACCUUUUCUUUGAAUUCGUCCGCGUUCUUCAGAGAGUGAGAAGCAUAAUGGGCAGUAGAAAUAAUUGAUAGAGAACCUUCGGAACGUAGGCCAUUCUUCCAAUGGAGGAAGAAAUUGUAUAUUGAAUUCAAAUGCAUAUUUUACUUGAGCAUUACAUCUCUGUAAUAUUUGUCGUCAGAUUUUCGAGUACUAUUUGUUCUUUUAACCAUUUAGAUGCGCGUAUCGACGAAACAUCGGUUACCUUCAGACAACUUCCUUGGUGGCUUUGGUAAAUGAUGAAAUUGAUGUUCUUAGAAAUAAAAAAAUAUGUAUGCAAUCAAA